CGACAUACAAGUCAGAUUCGAGUCGCCAGCUCCGGACCAAAUUAGUCCAGUCAGAACCUAGAAAAUUUUAAACACAGCCGGAAAUUGGUAGCUGCUCAAUAAGUAACAGGGAAACGAUAUCAAUCCCGAGGGGUCAGAACAACUAGAAUAUCCCAAAAAUAUGCACAAGCAGCGUUUGCCCUUCAACGGGGGCCCAGGAGGUUUUGGAGCCAGUGCCUUCAACUUCAAUGCCCCGCAGUUCGGCGAUGGCGGUGGGUUUGGACACGGACCAGUGCCCGAGGGCCUCAAUGGGAUGCCGUUCCUGGGCAAAUCGUCCACCAAACCGCUGAUGCGUUCAAUUAGCCGCCAGCGCUUGAUGGUCGAAGGAGUUGGACUGGAUUCUCUGCCACCACCACUUCCUGCUAUGGCCCAGCGCAUUCUAAGUGGCGGAGUAGGACCCGGUCAACGAAUGGGAUUGCCCCACAUCCCUAACUAUUACGGUUCCUACGAAGGCGACCAUUCAGCGUCUUCGAUGUCCGUGCUGGAGGACACCACCCCACCAGACUUCAUGAAGCAGACUCCUAGGCGGGGGGAUGGGCCAUCUCGUUCAGGAGGACACUCGGCCUUUUCGGACACGGACUCUGAGAGCGAUCUGCGCAGUCAGCAGAAGGGUACAGGUUUGACAGAGUCCCGCUGGAACCGCGCCUUUGGAUGCUUGAUGGAUGCUCUCCCGGAGCAGAAGCGAAAGCGCGUGAGGGAGACGCUGCAGCGCUGUGGACAGACCGCUAUUGCCAAGCACCUGCAGGUGUUGCUGCAACUGCUGGCCCUGGUAAUGGCUGUGAGUUUCUGUCAAAUCCAGCGCGCCGUCAAGUUCUGCGGCGGCGUGCACUUCCGCGUAGGACGUGCCAAAUUCCAGUUGCGCAGCUCCCUUCGCAAAAUGCUGUGGCGCCUGGCCAAUGCCAAAGCCAAUGACACCUUGCUCUUUCUCAUCGUGGUUCUGGUGACGCCCUGGCUAUUCCUCUUCAGCCUUGUGGGCUUCGCCUUGUCAUUCAUGUUCUCCAUAAGAACGGGGUUGACGGAGGGCAUGCGGCAGAUGCGCCGGCGUGUGUUUUAGGCCAACCAUUAGUGGACCAAAAAAGGGAGAGAAACUGCACCCAGAAUCCUCUUUCUCUACUUUAUUAACACAUCACACAAGGACACUUGAGCAGCGCAUUCCACACAACAAAAGAAGACAAACUACUGGAAACCAACUGGAAUUCAACUAUAUUUUGUGUUGCAGCAACAAAAUAGAGUUCAAAAAUGUA